UAAUCGGAUAUAUAAACGACGAUUCCGCUUUCGCGAGCUUUCAGUUGAUUAUCUGUGCGCGGAUUGUUUGAGGCGCGACGAGAGGAGCGUCUUCGGAGAGAGAAAGAUUCGUUCGCGGGCGAACUAAAUCGAGUCGUGUGUGAAAUUUUGGUUGUUAUCUUCGAAACGAUGUCGCCGUUACGGCCGAAGGUCGUGAUUUUCUUAUUGAUCGGCUGUUACGCCGCGUCGAACGACGCCUGGUAUCACGGGCCCGGCAACUACAAUGGCGCCGGAUUCAGGCACGAACCACCACCACCACCACCACCACCACCAUCGUCGGCCACUCACCACUACCUGCGCAGUCCUCGUACCUGCCAGUGCGGCUUCAACGACACGGCCUACCUGCAGAACAGCUGCGGCCCGGCGAUGCCCUUCAUGACGAUGAUCGAGCAGGUGCUGAUGUCGCGGCUCGACAUCACGGACGGCUGCAGGCGCGCCGGCUCGGAUCGGCCGCCGCGUCGCCGAAGCUUCGACUACAUCGUCGUGGGCGCGGGCGUGGCCGGGCCCAUCCUGGCCAGGAGGCUCAGCGACGACCCGAGCAAGUCCGUGCUGCUGAUCGAGGCCGGCCCCGAGGAGCCGACUCUGUCCUCGGUGCCGGCGAUCGCCUUCAACGUGCUGGCCUCCGAUCUCAACUGGAAGUACACGACCGAGCCACAGGCCUCGGCUUGUCUGAAGAAAGGCGGACGCUGCAGCUGGGCGCGCGGCAAGAUGGUCUCGGGCUCGGGCGGCGCCAACGGCAUGAUGUACUGGCGCGGCCAUCCCGAGCCCUACGACCAGUGGGCCGAGCUCGGCAAUAAGGGCUGGUCCUACGAGGAGCUCGUGCCCUACUGGGAGCGCGCCGAGAACCCGGUGAAUCGCAAUCUCACCACCUUCCGGCGCUUCGACACCGGCAAUCCCCUGGUGAUCGAUCACUUUCCGCACAAGCCCGCCUUCGCCGACGAGAUACUGCGCGCCGCCUCGGAGCUCGGCUACAGGACCUCCGGCCUGAGGGAGCGCGAGCACACGGGCUUCGCCGUGGCGCCGGUCCUCGUCAAGGACGGCCAGCGCGGCACCACCUCGAGAUACUACCUGCGGCCGGCGGCAGAUCGACAGAAUCUUCAUGUCUUGACGAACGCCGUCGUCACCAAGGUGCUGACCAGGAAGCAUCCGCAUAAGCAAGCCUACGGCGUGAAAGCCGUGCUCAAGGACGGCCAGGAGGUGGAGCUGCUGGCCGAUCUCGAAGUCAUCCUGUCGGCCGGUACCCUGGGCUCGCCGCAGAUCCUGCUGAACUCGGGCAUCGGGCCCAAGGAGGACCUGGCCAAGGUCGGCGUGCUCCUCUUCCACGAUCUGCCCCAGGUCGGUCGCAAUCUUCAGAAUCACGUGUCGAUCGGGCUGUCGGUGACGAUCCGCGACAACUUCACCGAGGCGCUGACCCUCGAGGCGCUCAAUCAGUACCUGCAGCAGCGCAGCGGGCCGUUCGCCAGCACGGGCCUGACCCAGGUGACGGCCUUCCUCGAGACCAAGUACGGCAAGCCGGGCGUGCCCGACAUACAGGCCUUCAUCGACGGCUACAGCUCGUACUGCGUGAAGCACGGCCUGGCCGAGGAGUGCUCGGGCAGCCACGCGAUCGGCAACUGCUCGCAGCGCAGGCGGCUGAAUCUGAGGCCGACCGUCGUGACGACGAGAUCGCGCGGCUACAUGACCCUGAAGUCGAACAAUCCGCUGGACUAUCCGCUGUUCUAUCCGAAUUACUUCAGCGACGAGCGAGACAUGAAGGUGCUGAUCGAGGGUAUCAGGAAGUUGCUGGAACUCAUGGACACGCCGACGAUGAAGAAGUACGACAUGAGGUUGGAGGACGAGACGCCGAUCAAGGAGUGCGCCAACCACACCUUCGGCAGCGACGCCUACUGGGAGUGCUACAUCCGCCAGGAGACCGGCCCCGAGAAUCACCAGGCGGGCACCUGUCGCAUGGCGCCCGACGGCGUCGUGGACGAGCGUCUGCGCGUGCGCGGCGUGAAAAAUUUGCGAGUGGCCGACGCCUCGAUCUUCCCCGUGCUCACGCACGCCAACACGAUGGCGCCGGUGAUCGUCGUCGCCGAGAAAGCCGCCGACAUGAUCGCCGAGGACGCCAAGAACGGCGGCAGCGGCGAGGCUUAUCCCGGAAGAUGGAGGCCGUCCGGAGGACCGUUCGGACCUCAUUAUUACGGACACGCGGCGCCGUCGCAUGGUUCCUGGCAUGGACCUCCUCGUUACUGAUACAGCAACUUCGUUGAUAUAGUUUCGUCGAAUUUCGUAUAGUAAUUUUAUAGUUAUAGAAUCCCACCGCAGCAAGCAACCGCGUUGUACGUCUGUAGAAUAGAAAGUUGAAAAUAAAUCUUUUAGAAAAUAUGA